CAAAUAUUGCCAAAAAAAUAUAACAAGUGCAAGUCUAUAUCGGAGGAUGUCGAGUCAAAAUGAAAAUAAGUAUAGCUUUUGAGAAAACGAAACUUGCACGAAAAGGAGAUUAUGUUUGAAAAAUUAGUGCCAUGUUACAUAAGUGUAUUUACGUUCUUAAAAUUAAUUACGUUAACCCAUCUUACUUUGCAUGACAGCAGUCACGGCUUUAUUACGAAAAACGCUCGAUACUUGAUCGACGAUGAUAUAUCGUAUACUCAGGAGGAAAUUUCAUAUUUACGAUAUUUGGAAAAUCUAAAUCCUUCCGGACCUUUAAAUAUUCGGUUCGAACCGGAGUUCUUAGAUUUCCGUGAAAGGCCUCUUGGAGUUCCAUAUUCCGAAACAGUCACUGUGUUUAACACAGAUAACAACAAAACAAUUGAUCUCACGUCUAUAUCUGGAAAUACGGUUCAUUUUCAUAGUUCAUUUUUUGAAGAUAAGACCAUACCUCCAAAUGGAAACACCACUUUUAAAAUUGUGUACUUGGGUCGCCAAGAGGGACCAGUUGAAAGUUCUAUAUUUCUACACACUUCAACUGGUUUUCUAAAAUAUAAUGUCAAGGCAUUUGGCAUCUUUAGCAAAUAUAGAGUAAGACCUAUAGUCGGUGUGAAACUGCCAGCUAAUUCUACAUUCACUCCAGUAAUAUAUAUGCACAAUCCCCAUUCUGAACCUAUCCAGAUAGUCGAAAUAUACAGUAGUGGAGGGGGGUUCCACUUGGAGCUGCCAGGUGGACAACAUGAAGGUUCCAAUGACUUAUGGGAAAUUGAACCACAAGAAACCAAAGCUAUAAUUCGAGUCCGCUUCGAAGCAAAAGUUGCUGAAAAUCACACCGCUUACAUCAGGAUAAAAGUUCAUAAUCCAGAUGAAAUUUUGAUAGUCCCUUUGGAAGUUGAAGUGACUCCUGCCCAGAACAUAUUCCAUCCACAGGGCCAUGUGGAUUUUGGCAUGGGUGGAUCGAUGGAUCCUCCCAAGGAGAUUAGCCUAUGUCUGUUCAAUCCUUUAAGAAAACCUGUACGGGUGCACAGCGUUUCGACGUUGUCAAAAUCAAUCAAGACACAAUAUUAUAAUGUCAGGAUCGGGCCAGGUAACGAAGAAGAGAACAAAUGUGUUAAUGUGGGAACGUUAACAAUUGAUUGGAAAAAUGCAUGGAAAAAUCAAGAUUUUGCGGGCAAUAUAAUUGUCAAAUUUCGCAACGGCAAAAAUCGCACCGAAAUACCUUAUUACGUCACCGCCCUCAAAGGGGGGCUCAGCUAUGACAAGCUGUCAACCACGUACUUUCUUAACGACAAGGAAAUCGAUACGACAGAGCGCAAAUUCGAAGUGCUGAACGAAUUUCUACAUCCUGUCAAAAUCGUGGACGUCAAGUUUCCAUUUGACGUAGAUUCGACGUUCAAAAUUGAAACUUUUACACCAAAAAUCGUACGACCUCUGGAAAAAGAGCACCUGUUCAACAUCAGACUUAAAAGUGCGGUUAAAAAGACCAACAUGCAACUGAGCAGCCACAUUAAACUGAUCACGAACGUUUCGGAGGUCCAAGUACCGCUCCUCAGUUACAACGGAAAAGUACAAGUUCAUUUACCUUUCACUAGCAACGAUUACUCAUUGAAUGUGGGUCUAGUGGGAAGUGGAACUACCAAAGAAAUAUUCUUCAUGCUCAGCAAUCCGAAUCCUGUGGAUUUGCCUCUGUUGAGCCUUCAAAGUUUCUCGCCUCUGUUAGGUCUAGGGAUCAAAGGUUGUGGCACUGGAGACCACAAAACUAUGUUGUUACUUAAUACCUUCAAGAAUCUCACUGAUUGUGAUAGAAUAUCGUCUUACGGAUUCGCAAUCAUUAAAAUGGCCAUCACCACUGGCAGCACACAAGGUCCUGUAUGGGAGAAAGUCCAAAUUCAAACUCCGUAUGAGAACCUGUCUCUUCCAGUUCAUUUCAAAGUGUCUUCUGGGACUUUUCUCUUGGAUACUGAUGAGCUCGUGUUUGACAAAUGUUUUCCUACGAAAACUUGCAGCCACCUCCUGAAGGUAUAUUCGACAUUUCCCGAACAAAUGUUGGUGGAAAAUAUACUGGCGUUACCUUUAAAUAAAAAAGUGUCCGCCUCUAUUACGGCGGCGGUCACGCCGAAUGCGAACAAAAUUAUUGGACAAAUGUUCUUCAAUCCGAACCUGGAUUGUGGCUUGCAGUGUUACGUAGGGUUCCUCAACGAAGGUUCCGCUUCAUGGCUACGGACACUGCCCAUCACCAAACAAGUUCUAGACUACGAUUUACAGCUAGUCAAAACACUCUACAAUCGAUAUCUAAACUUUACGAAACGAGGUUCGAAUCCCUGGACCAACAUCUCACUUAGACUAGAUACAUCGGAGAUCAAAGGGUAUUUUUUCCAGAGCAAAGUGAAAUAUAUCUGGCCCAGUCUGAUAUCCGACAGUUUAUUAUUAAAUAAUUCUACCUUGGAGUUUCCGUUGGCCCAAGUUGGCAACACCACGCGCUGCAGUCUACUACUGCACAAUCCAUCCGAUCAGAACGUCAUCGUUCAGAUCUUGUUCGAUUUCGACUAUCCAGAAGCCGAAAAAUUAUUCAGUGGUCUACCGGAAAAUUUCGUACCAUUUUCCGAGUUCAAAUACCCUAACAAGGGGUUUUUCUUUGACCGUAGAUUCCUGGAACAAUCACGAGACUAUUUCUGGGACAUUUCGAGAAUCCCCACUCACAAAACCUCACUACCGGUGUUGUUACUACCGAACCAAUCCAAAAAGAUAUUUUUGGAGUUUGAAGCCGAAGAGUCGAAGACUUAUUCGAGCUUAAUAUUACUUCGCAACAACCUCACAAUUUUAGAGGUGGUGAGGUUGAAGGGAAAGGGUAGCGUGCCCGUUUUUAAGUUAGGCAACCGCAAACAGGGGACGGGACAACCGCUGUUGUUUGAUAUUAACGAGAAGAGCCUUCAGGGUUGUGUAAAGGAAGAGGACGACGGAUAUUUUUUGAAUUACGUGCCGAACUUGACGGUUAAGAGGAGCAUAUCGGCGAAGAAUUUAGGGGAAAUACCCGUGCAGGUGUAUGGGCUUUACAUAAACGGGUAUCAGUGUGAAGGCUUCGGAUUUAAAGUUUUAAACUGUGACCCUUUUACCUUACCACCCAACUCAACGAAAAGAAUCGAAAUCGCCUUUACAUCAGACCUAACUUUAACCAAAGUCUCUCGCACGCUAAUCUUAACCACCAGCCUUAACACUUUCGUCAAUUACUCUCUUUACGCCACUAUUCCCUACGUCUACUGCCAGGCGUGCGACAAAAUCAUAGCGCGGCCACCUGGGGAACUCUACAUGAGCUACAUCACCAUCGUAUUCAUGAAGGUCAUGUUUUUUCUCAUCAUGUUCAUAGCGGUAUUGGACGCCGAAGCCAUUAAAAGACAGGCCUGGGAUGUUUUCAUCACUUCAAACGCACCCCCGAUGUUGCCGGUUCUCGAUUUGAGAAAGAUUGGUCGCCAGGUCAAGGACGAGAUGCAGUUUAAGGACAAAAAGAAGUCCGAUGUUGAAGUAGCUUCGGAAGUAGUUGAUCUUGAAGCACAAGAAGUGGUAAAGAAUGAACCUGCCAUUGUACCAACUACGGGUAAAGCUAAGCGAAAACUGGCUCAGAGAAAUAGCUUUAAUGAAGACGAAGUGAACAUUGAUGAAGAACAGAACUCGGAUAAACAGGAUAAAGAUCGGAAUAGAGAGAGACAGACGAAGAAAGAUCUUUUGUUCGAAAGACACCGGCUGAAAUCUCGUGAACGCAAAACCGAAAAAGAACUGAAGUUGCUGGAAGAAAAGGAAAGAAAAGAAAAACACGCUCAACAAAAAGAAGCCGAAUUAAAGAGAAACAAGACGGUUUCAAACAAAAAAACACCCAAAUCGACUCAAGAGGAAGAAUCUUCUUCUACGACAACGGAAAGUAGUAACAGUGGUUCGAAUUGCGAGGAGGUGGACAAAGAGAAUCAGACGAUAAAGAGUUUGCCAAAGAAAAAAACUGAAUUGGAAAAAUCGGCGAAGCCAAAGGAAAUUGCUGUGAAUUUGACAGAGUACAAGAACAAACACGUCAGUUUUGUCAAUAGCAAGCUAAAAGGAAAGACGAAACAGCACGAACAUGACGGGGUUAGCGACAGAAUUUUUUCUCAUAACAGAGAGUCCAAAAGAAGAGGCGAUAAGCUAAAAGGAGGCAAAGAAAAAUCAUGCAUCUACCGCAACAAGAGUCUGAACGAGCGUCGCUCAAAAACAAGCGAAAGCGAGUCUGGUUCGGAGAAACAGCACUCCAAAAGCCCCGUCAGUUUUUAUAUUCCGUUCCCCGCGCCCACCACGACAUGCUCGUCGGCUUGGUGCGAAAACCGAGCAAGGUUCAGCGAUGUAGUAGCUCGCACCGAACAGUCUCAAGAACCCAGCAUCGGAUCCUUACAGCCCAGAAUAGGUCCAGUCACCGUAGAAGACCAUUACUUCCACAUGCAUAACAUUUCGAACUCCAGACAGAACGUAGAAACUCUAAAUAGUCCGCUGAAGCAACCUAGCAAACCAAUGAGCAUGAAACCAACUAUGUACGUCGAGCCUUACAAGCCCGUUGAUUUGGGUCCUAUAGGUUCGAAACGUCUGGGAACCCCGGGGAUUGAGAGUCCGGAUCUGUUCUUUAAGGAACACCGCGAAUUGUUAGCGGAAAACUACCAUCAGGGUUCUGCGUUGAACAAUGCUUACGUCGAGUUCUCGCCGAUGAACGACAAAAGUGUUAUAGCUGCGAUCAGCAACAACACGUUGCUGGCGAGCGACAAGAGCUUCUUCAGUCAGCCGCAGGGUGUGCGUAUGGAGGGAGCAGAGGGUAACUUAUUCAAAAACGUGGCUCCUAUGGAGAUGUGGAACCAUCAACAGCCAGCGAUGCAGCAGCCGGUAUUUAACAACGUUAUUGAUCAAUCUCAGAGACUGGUUGAGCCUGAUAAGCAUCACAUGCCACUUAAUGAGCCACCUAUAGAGGAUCCUUGGAACAGAACGGCAUAUUCUUCAUCGACCGAUUACUGGUCGAACACAUUCAGCGAUGUUCUGGAUUCGACUCCAAGAUUGGAAAGCAACACCUUGUAUUUGUGGGACCCGGUGUGGAAGCCCUGGUCUCCCGCCGACGUUUCGACUGCUACACCUCGUAGAACUCCGCCGGGGUUCGACGAGCAGAUCCAAAUGAGAAGGAGGACAGAGGAAGAACAAAGAAGACUGCAACAAAGAGGUGAAUCUUACAGUCCCUUUGGCAGCGGUUGUACCUGGGCGGAGCAGAAGGACCCGUGGGAAUGAUUUUGUGGUACCAGUACCUACCAUAACCCAUUUUCUCCCUUCGUCGUCGUGUUGUUUAAGACUGCGUUAGAUUAAUAAUACUCGUGAUUUUUUCCCGUCUCUUCGACUACCUCGACUGUGAGGCCUGUUUUUAAGUUGAUGACCUUGUUCCUUUUGAUUUAAUUUUUUGAAUAAAUGUUUAAACGAACAAA